UCUCGCGAGAGUUCAUUACUGUCGCUGUCAUGGCGGCCCUGUGUCUGCUGCAUGCGUGUGUGUUAUGAAGAUCGCUGUGUGUUGUGUGUGUCGCUAGGAUGAGUGUGAUGAUGAGGUGUGUGAUGAAGGCUCGGCUCGGCUGGGUUCGGCUCGCUGCUGUCAGAGGCUUUCAUGAGCGGACUGUAGCUGUGAGUUUAGGGGAAAGGAGGCUGGAGAUCUCCACGGGGAAGCUGGCACGCUUCGCUGACGGUUGUGCAGUGGUCAGGUUGGGCGAGACGUCAGUGAUGGUGACAGCAGUCAGCAAGAGCAAACCAUCCUCUACUCUCUUCAUGCCUCUUGUGGUGGAUUACAGGCAGAAAGCGGCGGCUGCAGGACGAAUCCCCACAAACUACCUGAGGCGAGAGAUGGGCAGCACAGACUCCGAGAUCCUGACCAGUCGGCUGAUCGAUCGCUCCAUCAGGCCGCUGUUUCCCACCGGAUACUUCUAUGACACACAGGUGCUGUGUAACAUACUAGCCGCUGAUGGAGUCAAUGACCCUGAUGUUCUGGCCAUCAAUGGAGCAUCUGCGGCUCUGGCUCUGUCUGAUAUUCCCUGGAACGGCCCCAUCGGUGCGGUGCGCGUUGGCCUGGUGGACGGAGAAUUCAUCAUCAAUCCCACACGCUCAGAGAUGAACGGCAGCACGCUGAACCUCGUGAUCGCCGGAGCCCCGUCCAGCCAAGUGGUGAUGAUAGAGGCUGCGGCAGAGAACAUCCUACAACAGGACUUCAGUCACGCGGUGAAGAUGGGCGUCAAACACACGCAGCAGAUCAUUCAGGCCAUUCAGCAGAUGAGCCGAGAGAUGAAAGUGACCAAACGCACUCCUGCCAAACUCUUCACUGCCGCAGCGGAGAUGGUGGAUUUCACACGACAGUUGACGUCUGAUAGGAUCUACGCUGUGUUUACAGACUUCACACAUGACAAGACAUCCAGAGAUGACGCGAUUAAUAAGAUCCGUCUGGAGGCUGAGGAGCAGAUCAGAGAGAAGUUUCCGCAGGCGGAGACGUUUGAGGUGGUGGAGGCCUUCAGCAGCGUCUCCAGAGAGAUCUUCAGGAAUCUGGUUCUUCAUGAAUACAGACGGUGUGAUGGAAGAGAUCUCACAUCUCUACGCAACAUCUCCUGCGAGGUGGACGUGUUUAAACCACUCCAUGGCUCGGCUCUCUUUCAGAGGGGUCAGACACAGGUGCUGUGCACGGUGACCUUUGACUCUCUGGAGUCCAUUAUGAAGACUGACGUGAUAACCACAGCGCUCAGUGGAAUCAAAGACAAGAACUUCAUGCUGCACUAUGAAUUUCCUCCAUAUGCCACCAAUGAGAUCGGGAGGAUGGGAGGAAUGAACCGCCGAGAGCUCGGUCACGGAGCGCUGGCAGAGAAAGCUUUGAGACCCGUCAUUCCUGCAGACUUUCCCUUCACCAUCCGCGUGACAUCUGAGGUGCUGGAGUCCAACGGAUCCUCCUCGAUGGCGUCGGUGUGUGGCGGAAGUUUAGCACUCAUGGAUGCAGGUGUGCCCGUCUCCUCGGCUGUAGCCGGCGUCGCCAUCGGCCUGAUCUCUAAAGCCAGUCCUGAGAAGCCAUCAGAGAUUCAGGACUACAGACUCCUGACUGAUAUUCUGGGAAUAGAAGACUACAACGGAGACAUGGACUUCAAGAUGGCAGGGAGCAGCAAAGGCAUCACGGCUCUACAGGCUGAUAUUAAAAUCCCAGGACUUCCUCUGAAGAUCGUGAUGGAGGCCAUACAGCAGGCGACAGUGGCCAAAAGAGAGAUUCUAGGCAUCAUGAAUAAGAGCAUUUCCAAACCCCGGAGCUCCAGGAAGGAGAACGGUCCGGUCGUGGAGAACGUCAGUGUGCCUUUAUCUAGACGAGCUCGGUUUGUCGGACCAGGAGGAUUUAAUCUGCGCAGACUGCAGGCUCAGACAGGUGUGACGAUCAGUCAGGUGGACGAGGAGACGUUCUCCGUGUUUGCUCCGACACCCAGUGCCAUGAACGAAGCCCAGGAGUUCAUCCGUGACAUCUGUAAAGAUGAUCAGGAGCAGCAGCUGGAGUUUGGAUCCGUUUACACCGCCACCAUCACAGAGAUCAGGGACAUUGGCGUGAUGGUGAAGCUGUAUCCCAACAUGAGCGCCGUGCUCCUACACAACUCACAGCUGGACCACAAACGGAUUAAGCAUCCCAGCGCUCUUGGACUGGAGGUCGGCCAGCAGAUCCAGGUGAAGUAUUUCGGCCGGGACCCGACGGACGGCAGAAUGAGACUCUCUCGUAAGGUGCUUCAGUCUCCGGCGGCGGCGGUGGUGAGGAGUCUGAGCGACAGACACAGCAUCUCUAUAGGAGCGCCCGGCGAGCAGAUCCCAGACUCCUAGAGCUGACUUUUGUACACUGUAUAUUUUAUAAUAAACGGUCUUAUUGCUUACAUUAUCCUCACAA